AUGGGUGUACCGACCAACACGCGGCCUGGUGUAGAACCAGAGGGACUGUUUGCCGGAGGCGAUCCUCGUACCAAUGAAGACUGGCUGCUUCUUGGUAUCCACACAUUACUACUUCGUGAGCAUAGCAGGCUCUGUGACAUUCACAAGAAGCAGAAGCCGGGCUGGGACGAUGAGCAGCUUUAUCAGACCGUGCGACUCGUCAUGUCUGCGAAAGAUGGAUUGAUCGCCAACACAUACCAAAUGGCCUAUUGGACGGAGAAGAUGCCAUGGCCAAGAGAUGACGGAUUUCCUCUGUACCGUCAGAUGUUUGUGAUGGCUGUUGUCUAUCGCUUUCACGAGUUUAUCAUUCCGAGCUUCUCAAUCAAGGAUCAGAACAAUGAGACAUUAUGGGAGCAAAACCUGUUUGAGACGAGCAUUAAUAGUACUGGGUUACUCAAUGUCGGGCUGGAAAGAAUUCUUGCUGGGGCUCUUUCGUCGCACAUUCCCGACUUCAAGUCUGGAGUAGACGAGAGUUUCAGAAGCGCUGAAAUCUACCGUGGGCGUCCCUUUGACGUUGUCGUCUCAAGUAUUGUGCAUGAGCAAGAGCAAGGGUUGUCGACAUUCAACCAAUAUUUUCACGAGUACAACGCUCAGGAUCAAGAAGUUGUUGUCCCAAUUUGA